CAAAAAUUAAUUUUGUUUCAGAAUGAAAAAUUAAAAAUGUUUGUUGAGGAUUUAAAGAAGGAAUUUUACGACGUGAUUCUUCAUGAACGAGUUCUUAUAUUAGUUAACAAUGACACAGAUGCUGUCUGUUCUGCUAAAAUCCUUCUCUCCAUGUUCAAAUGUGACAACGUUUCCUACACUCUCAUACCUGUCACAGGAAAGAAAGAUAUGUAUACUGAGUACAAUAAUCAUUCACAGGGAUACAAGUUUGUGCUGCUAAUUAACUGCGGAGUUACUCUUGAUCUUUACGAGUUCCUGGAACCCAGAGAUGACGUUAUUAUAUUCGUCGCAGAUUAUCAUAGGCCUGUAGAAGUAACCAAUAUCUAUAACGAUGGACAAAUACGUCUGCUACAUCCACCAGAUCCUGAAGACCAGCUCCCAGACUACCAUGAUAUAUUCAGGGAUAGUGAAAGCGAAGAAAGUGAUUCUGAGGACGAAUUCGGUGAGAAGCGGAGAAAAUUCGACGAAUCAGCAUUAGUCAAGAAACGGGAAAGACGAGAAUGGGAGGAGAAAAGACAAAGAAUCCUCUUCACGUACACGCAGUACUCCUUCUACGGCAGCAGUACGGCACUCCUCUGCUUCAAACUCGCGUACAUGCUCAAAAGAGACACAAACGAUCUGCUAUGGUGGAGUAUAGUCGGGAACACGGAGAUGUAUUUAUCUUGUAAAAUAGAAGACGACAGGUACCUGCUAGAUGCUAGUCAACAGCAAAAUCAUGUUGGAAGGUUAAACAGUACACCAGCUGAUCAACUACCGAAGGAGAGUUUGAAGAUAAACGCUGAACGAGGACUAAAUCUGGUCUUACUAAGACAUUGGACCUUACUAGACUCAAUAAAGCAUUCUUCCUACACAGCGAUGAAGUUUAAACUAUUUUCUGUCAAGGGAGAAAGAAAACUGAAUGAUUUCCUAGCAGAUCUUGGAAUACCCCUAGUAGAGAGUAAACAGAAAUAUACCUACAUGGAUCCACAGAUCAGAGACGAAAUACCCAAGGUCUUCGAGGCAAAGAUGGACAAAUAUGAAAUACAAGAGAUAUUUUUCAACACCUUCCUUUGCCAGUUUGGAUAUCAGCAUAAAUAUUAUGCUGCUGACGUUGUUAGAGCAGUAACUGCAACUCUGGAACACGGGGACUCAACCUUUGACUGUAAACAGGCGGUCUAUGAUGCUUUGGACCUGUUAUCCCGGAGUAAUGGGAAGAAGCUGGAUGCAGGUAUAGAGAAGGCUAAAGAUCAGGCCCAGGCAGUAUUUAAGAUGGCACAGAAUAUUCUAGAACCUAAACAGAUAGUUUCACUGGGACCUUUUCUCUACUGUAUCAUUCAGGAAGGAAUUCCCAGCAUAUCUUAUCUUACCAAACACAAUGUUGUCAAAACAUUGGCUCAUUUUAUUCUACAGGGACAUAUCAGUAACUCUCGGAGUAAGAAAGCAGCUGACCUUCCUCUAGUUCUUAUUGCACCUCUAGACCAGGCAGCUGGACUCAGUGUAGUGGUUGGGAUACCUCCUUACAACGAUAAAACUAGGAGAAACUUUUUCGGGAAGGCUUUCUCUCAGACUGUUCGAAACACGCAGUGUAGAUAUCUUAUCGAUUACUGGGACUCAUCUCUUAUACAGAUAAAGACGGAAGAUAAGGCGAAGUUUAUCGACGGACUUAUCAGUCUCCUGUCCUAAAGGAACCCGCCGAAUGCCGAUUCUUUUGUAAAUGAUCGCCGCUACUGACAGAGCAGAUUUAUUAUUUCAUAGAAAAGAUCAGAAACUCGUUAAUAUAUUAGAGCAAAGUAAUUCUUGCCCCUUGAAUUACAUUCUGUUCGACCCUGUUGACUGGUUCAGAGCAAAUCUCUGCAGUCUAUAGAGCGCCUGUUGUAUGGUUUAAAUUUUCGCUAAUCGUCUCUGCUCUAGAGCAACCCCCAUCUUUUUUCAAACAUUUCUUCUUUACACAUUGUUUUUUUUUCAAGAAAUUGUACCAUUUAAUUCUUAAACCAAACCUUUGAUAAAGUGAAAACUGUCCAAGAAUAAUAUAACAACCCAAGCCCGUUGAUAUAUUCAUUAUUCAAAACCAAUAUUUCAUAUUUUCGACUUACAUUUAUUUAAUUUUGUAAAUUUUUUUGUAAUCUCGCAUAUCACAGUGUCCCGAAAGGAUUAUAAACAAAGGUUUUAACCUUGAGAUCAAGAAAACAGUGUAAUUCACAUCUUUUUUUUAAUUUGAAAUAUCGCCAAGGAUUUUAUAAUUUCCAACUUAACUAUUUAUAAAUAAGUGCCCUACAUGGUCAUAUUUUAGAAGCGAUUUACUUGCAACGAUUGCAAAUAUUUGUGUAAAGUUUGAAAGAGACGAUUGCAAAUUCCAAAAUUCCGAGCAAGGUUUUUUAUAAGUUAGAGUAAAAACAAAUACGACAUUUAUUGCACAUUUUUAUAAUUCUCACUGUAUGUAUGUAUGUACUAUAUUGUAUGUGGUGUGAUGAAAACUUAUGACCUGAAGCUCCUGCAAUUUACAAAUGAUAUUUCAGA